AUGGCGGCUCAUAAAGGUAUUGCCGAUGAUCUUCUCUCCAAGCUGGCUGAAGACAUCGAGACGGGUGAGCAGAUGGAGGCCUUAGGACGAACACUCGGAUUCAGGGUCGAAGACAUCAAUAGAUACACGGAGACCAAUAGGAUAGAAGGACGGGUGACUUGUAAGGGAACACGUGACAUGCUGUUUGACUGGAGACAGACCGUGAAGCCUUGCGACCAGCACCUCAGACUGGAACAAGCUCUCAUUGACGCUAAGCUAGUAAUGCUUGCUGAUACACAUCUCAAGGGGACACUAAGCGAUCCAGGUAUAUACAGUAAGAAGAUCUCGGCAUCAUUAACUGUUCAGCGAUGUCGCGAAAAGUUGGAGAAAAAAGUACCGACAUCAAUUGUGCAAAAUUCAAAUGAAACCGUGGGAUCAAAGUGA